CUCAAACAACAAAAACCAAACACAGACCGUCGCACGUCGCAUGGAAGCCCCGAGAGGCCCCGAAGGCCAGAACACGGCGUGCAUCAGCCAGUGGCAGGUUCAGCAGUGAUGACUUUCGAGCACAUUUCAGCUUUCUGGCCCUUGUGAUGGUGUGCUGUCCGGAACGACAGAUGGACGGAUGGACUCUAUAGAUGUCACUUGUCAUCUCUGAGUGCCUGAGGAGAUGGGUGUGAAGCAUAUACCAUGAAGUACACUUGGGAGGACACUUGGACACUUGGACACUUGGACCUGCCUAACCCGUCAGCCUAAUACAUUAUAGUGCGUGGUCAACAGAUCGUCAGCCAUGUGUCGAGUUGCCUGUGUGGUCUACCUCAUGGGCAAGUUGCGCUCGAUCUUCCGGCCCUUUUUAUGGGCACUUUUCCUGGUCAUGGUGCUGACCCCGGCAGUGUCGUCGGUGGAAAGUGUGUUGCUGUGCUGUGGCCAUGCCCUGUGCCGUUGCAUCGGGGCGUGCUGCUCGGCAGUGGUCUUCACGUUGAGAUGCCUCCUAUGCAUGAGUCGCCGGUCACGUCAGACUGAGCGCCAGGGAGGCGGGGGGGUCCAAGAGACCGUGUGGAGCACGGACACGAUGGGCGGAGCGGUGCACGCCCGGCCGGCCACGACCCUCCCCGAGGACUGGCGAGGCUUAAUCGCCGAAGCGCGCCGGACGGGGGAGCCCAAAGUGUUGGCCCCUGCUUCCGGAUGCUGCUCCACGGGGUGGCCAUCGCCAUUGUGGUGGCUCUUGUGGUGUGUGCUGUGAUCGGGGUGGUCCUCAUGGUUGUGCAAUCGGUGCUGAGAUUGCAGGAUGACUGGAAGGUUUACAAGAAAGGCGCUGAGAAUGUGGCACAAGCAGUGCAGAAGAUCGUGUCACAUGCCACAGGAUCCAUGCCCGCCGCCUUUGCAGAAGAUGUGUCUCAAAGUGCCUUGGAAAAGGUCGAGGAGCUUCUCUCAGCCAUUGUCGGAGAGGUCCUUGGCAGUGCCUGGCGCGUGCUUCUGGAGUUUCUGAUGAUGGCUUUGUACAUUGCUUUCUGGUUGGCAGCCCCGAUGCCGGUGGGGACGCAAAUGGAGGAGCUAUUUAGGCGAUACAUCAUGCUGAAGGGUUUGGCCUGCUGUGGCUACGGUCUGUGUGUCGGUGUCCUGCUUGGCAGCUUAGGCGUGGACUUGGCGCCCUUCUUCGGGCUCUUCGCCUUCCUUUUGAGCUUUGUACCGGAGGUCGGUGCCAUUGUGGCAUUGCUGCUGCCGGCGCCCGUGAUCCUCUUUGACAGUCGCCUGGAAUCUCCUGGCAUGACCCUUUUUGUCGCCACCUCGGCGCAGCUGGGCUUGAAGUUCGUCUUCGCCAAUGUGGUCGAGGUGAAGUUGGUGGAAGCGGAUCAGCUCAUGAAGCUGCAUCCUGUGGUGAUCCUUAUGGCCGUGACCUUCUUUGGGUUCAUCUGGGGUCCCACAGGGAUGUUGCUGGCCGUACCGCUGGUGGCCUACUUCAAGGCGGCUUUGCUCUCCAAGACGGUGCCUGCUUGUUACCGGGACCCGGUCCUGGUGAUCUUGGAGGGGGACCGCCUGGCGCCCGUGAAGUAUGCUCGCAAAAUCCCAGGUCUCACCACUGGCAUUGAGAUGAUGCCAAUGGAAGGCUCUUCAGCUGAUACCUUGGCGGAAGAGGUGUGUGAGGACAGAUGAAUCACAUGCGCCGAAAAGAAUGCUCAG